GGCCCAGUACUGCCCAGUACAGCCCAGUACAGCCCAGUACAGCCCAGUACUGCCCACUAGCACCCCGUAGAGUCCAGUAUAACUCAGUAAAACCAGCACAACCCACUAUAGAGCAAUAUAGUACAGUAUAGCCCAGUAUAAGAACGUAUAACCCAGUCCAGCCCGGUGUUUUCCCUGAAGGAACCAAAAGCAGCUGGUUCAGUCUGAGGAAGGGGAAGAGGAACCGAGAGCAGCACGUGGCAGCAGGGGGAUGGCACGGCGGGGGCGAAGAGGCUUGGGUGUCCCAGGGACCCCCAGACUCCGGGAGUCUGCACCGAGGCACGGUGACCCACCUGUGUGGACUUGUAGCCCUGCCAGCCCCUCGGGGACCCCUAAAUCCGUCUGGGCAGGGGCCUCCCCCACCUACGUCACAGGGAGGUGGGUGGGGCAGUGGUGACAAAAAGCGAUACCCCAAACUUCCCAUUUCUAACCCCAAAAUCACCCAAAGCAGAGGCAGUGGCACGGAUCUCCCCAGAGUGAGUCAGGAUGUGCACCCCACUCCUGGUGGCCCUGGUGACACUGGUGAUGGUGCCUGAAGGGGUCUCUCCCUACGGCUUCCGCAACUGCAUCCAGGCACCGUGGGACCCUGGUCUGUUCCGCUGCAUCCAGCGCUUCCUGAGCACCGUGGGGGCUGCAGUGGGCGACCUCCCCUCCACUGCCACAUCCCUCAACCUCUCUGUCAAUAUCUUGCGCCAGGUGCCCCCUGGUGCCUUUGCCCACCUGCCGCAGCUCUACACCCUUGAUCUGACCCACAACCAGCUGGAACACCUGGCCCCAGGGGCUUUCUGGGGGCUGUCAGCACUGGUGCACCUAGACCUGGCCCACAACAACGUGUCAGUGCUGGCCACGGGUGUGUUCUCUGGGCUGGGCAACCUGAGCACGCUGCGGCUGGACCACAAUCCGCUACAGAAAGUGGCCCCUGGGGCUUUCCAGCCGCUGGCCGCGCUCAGCACGCUCUGGCUGCGGGAUGGCCGGCUCCGCGCGCUGGAGCCCGUGGCCGUGGCUGUGGGGAAUCUGACGCACCUAGACCUGCUCGACCUGUGCGUCAACAUGCUGUCGACACUGGGCCCGGGGCUGCCGCCCACGCUGAGGGUCCUGCGCCUCUGCAACAACUCCCUGGGAGCUCUUUCAGGGGCCACCCCUGGGGUGAUGCCCUCAGGGCUGCGCGUGCUUGACCUGUCCUACAACAACAUCUCAGACCCUGCGCCGCUCGCUCGCCUGUGCCUGAGCAACCUGACAUUCCUGCACCUGGCUGGGAACCCGCUGGACGUAGCGCAGCUGCUGCGCGUGGCUGGAAUCUCCCCGCGCCAGGUGGACGUGUCAGGGCUGCAGGUGGGCACGAGCGGCCUGGAAUAUCUGUGCCAGCAGCUGAGAGGACAGCAGCUGCAGAGGCUGCAGCUGCAGCGCGUGGGGCUCACAGCAAUGCCCGAUGGGGCUCUGGCCGAGUGUCCGGUGCUGGGUGCCCUGGAUUUAUCUGGCAACCGGCUGCGGCACCUGGGCUGCGUAGGGCGGCUGCUGAACCGGGCACAGCACGCAGCGCUGCGCGAGCUGGUGGCUGAGCACAACUUGCUGCAGCGGCUGCCAUCGUGCAACGGGUCCCCAGUCCUGCGGCAGCUGCACAACGUGUCCCUGCGCUUCAACCGCAUCCUGGUGGCCGGUGCGGGUGCUUUUGACAAUGCACCGGCGCUGCGGCAGCUGCGGCUGGAUGUGAACGGGCUGGCACGGCUGGACCGCGCAGCGCUGCGUGGACUCCACGACCUGCAGCACCUACGCCUUGACAACAACCUGCUCACUGACCUCCUGCCCGGCUCCUUUGCUGACCUGCACCAGCUGGGCGACCUCAACCUGCGCAACAAUCGCGUGGCCGUGCUCUUCCCUGGCGCCUUCAAGGGGCUUGACCACCUGCAGACCCUUGACCUGGGCGGAAACAACCUGCAGCACUUGGCAGCCAAGGCAUUCCAGGGCCUCCCGCGGCUUUGCUGGCUUUACCUGGACCGCAACCGGCUGCUGGAGGUGAGAGCGGCCGCGUUCCAGCCGGUGCAGCUGACGCUGGGUGUGCUGGACCUGCGUGCCAACGCGCUGCGCUACCUGAGCCGACAUCUGCGGCAGCUGCCGCCUUUCCGCUACCUGCAUAACCUCUACGACCUGAAGCUGCAGGCACAGCAGCCAUAUGGGUUGCGUGUAGUCCCACAACGCUUCUUCCAGGGCCUCGGUGCCUUGCGCUCGCUCUACCUGGCACAGAACUCGCUCUCUGCCAUCCCUGCCGAUGCCUUCGAUGACCUGGCACGGCUGCGGUACCUGACGCUGGCCGACAGCAACGGCGGGAUGGGCCACCUGCCUGCCGGCGUCUUCAAGAACCUGAGCCAGCUGCGCAGCCUGAACCUGGAGAGCGCAGGACUGCGCAGCCUCGGCCCCGAGGUCUUUGGCAACCUGACGCAACUGCAGGAGCUGCGCCUGGCCAAGAACGAGCUGCGUACAUUGGAUGGGACUCUGGCCACCCGCCUCCCCACCCUGCGCUAUCUGGACCUGCGCAAGUGCCCACUGAGUUGCAGCUGUGACAAUGCCUGGCUGCCUGCCUGGCUGGUGCGUGGGCCCGUGCAGGUGGUCUACCUGUAUAACUACACCUGCGGUGAGAUGGGUGGGGCCUCCACAUACCUGCACUGCUUUGACACACGUGUGUGCUACCUGGACAUGGGGCGGUACCUGUUUGCAGGGACAGCACCAGCCGUGCUGCUGCUGCUAGUGCUGCCACUGCUGUACCACCGUGGCUACUGGCGGUUGCGCUAUCAGCUGUUCCUGCUGCACGCGUGGGCACGUGGGCGCUGGCGGCGGGAGCAGCGGCGCUACACCUACGACACCUUUGUGUCCUACAACUCCGGGGAUGAGCGGUGGGUGCUGGAGGAGUUGGUGCCUGAGCUGGAGCGCGGAGCCCUGCGGCUCUGCCUGCACCACCGUGACUUUCGCCCCGGCCGCGCCAUCGUGGACAACAUCGUGGACGCCGUGUACAACAGCCGGCACACGGUGUGCGUGGUGAGCCGCGGGUACCUGCGCAGCGAGUGGUGCUCACUGGAGAUCCAGAUGGCCAGCUAUCGCCUCUUCGAUGAGCUGCGCGAUGUCCUUGUCCUCAUCUUCCUCGAGGACAUCCCCGAGGCCGAGCUCUCGGCCUUCCACCGCAUGCGCCGUGUGCUGCUGCGGCGCACACACCUGCGCUGGCCCUCCGAGCUCCCUGCACGGCCCCUCUUCUGGGCAAAGCUCAGGUGCGCCCUCAGUGCGGGGCAGGAGGAGGAGGACAGGGAGGAAGGGUGCCCUGACAGGACUGGGACCACUGUGGUAGUUCCCCCUCAGAAAAGCAGUUUUCUGCCCCAAAAUCACUGGCUUUUCUCUUGGAAAUAUGCUUUGCACAAUGGGGAUGAACGUAACAAGAAGGAGGAGGAGGCAGAGGAGGACGAGGAGGAGGUGGGAGAAGAGGAAAAAGGUUGCCAGGAGAGAGAGAAGCUGCUCUAGAGUGACCUCACCCUGGUGUAAUGGGGAUCCCCAGGGACAUUCCCAAUCAAAAAAAUGUGGGUUUGUCCCAAAAUCCCCGGUUAUCCUCUGAGAAACGUGCAGUUGGAACGAUGACAAUCAGGAAAAGAGGGGGCAAGAUGGACCUCAGUGUUCAGAUGCAGCAAAUGCUUCAUCACUCAGUUCCUUUUCCUGUCAGGAGAGCCUGGGGACAAUGGAAUCAAGGGGCCAUUGCUCCAUUGGAAGGACUCAGGGAACUGAGGGGACAAUUGUCACACUGUGGUGCCCCAUGGAACCAAGGGUCCCUGGUGACACUGAAGGAUCUUGUGUCACCAGGGCUCCAUCGUGACACUGCAGCACCAAGGAAUUCAUUGUGGCACUCGGAGGCCUCAUGGAACCUUUUUUUUUUUUGACACACCAAAUGGAGGUUGUCCUUACCCCUCCUUUUGCCAUUAAGGUAGUUAUAAAAACAUUUUUAUUCUUCUUCUUCACAGAAGUGGCUUGGGUAAAUUCUAAUUGCGCUUUCACCUCCCUAAUUUGCUUUCUGCAUGACCUAAUAACAUCCUUAAACAUGUCCUGAGUUUCCUGGUCCUCCGUCCCAAGGUGAUGCAUCCUAAUUUUUCCCCUGAGUUCCUGGAAAAAGCUCCAUGCCCUGCCAGGCCAGUUGUUUUCCUUGCUAGCUCACUUUCGGUUAUAGAGGGACAGGCUGUUGCUGCUCCUUCAACAUUUUGUUCUUGAAGUGUGUCCAUCCUUCCUGGAAUCCUUGGUUUUUAAGGGCUGUUUCCUUUUAAAGCAUCAGUACCUGAUUUGGUACUCCCCAAAUCAAUCCUGAAUAGGCUGAAGUCUGCUCUGUGUAACUCCAGUGUAGAAGAUUUGUUGAUGCCCUUCCCAUCACAGAAUAUUUAAAAACUCAGUGAUUCCAUGACUGCUGUGCCCCAAACAGCCGCUGACCACCACAUCUCCCACCAGCUCUUCUCUGUUUGUGACCAGCAGGAGACAGAGCUUUCCUUGGCAGUGGGAAGAGAAGGAAACCUCCCCAAAGCGCAGCUUGGAAGGUUCAGCCUGGAGCUGAGGAGGAAGAAAAGUCCCUGCCAGGGUAGAAUUUUGGUGCUGGAGGUGUCCCAGCAUGGGGCUGGGCCAUGGGCUGGCUGUGGGUGCCAGGAGCCGGCAGCGCUGGGUGCAGGGAGCCCAGGGAGGGCACAGAAACGCUGGGUGUUAUGAACAAUUACAGUAGACUUUUUAAUCCAAUUAAAAAGAUUUAUUAAUGGUAGGAAACGAAAGCAAAUCAGCGCGCUGGGCAGCAGUUAUUCUAACUACUGCAUUUUCGUGCCCCAUUCCCCCCCAACUUAUUGGGUCUUCUCCUCCGGAAGUGUGACGUUCUGGUGUCUUUUCUGCGCAGGUGCACUCUGUUGCUAGGUGGUCGUUUUCUGCCUUUUGGUGGUCGUGGGAUGAAGGCCAGUAGUCUUCCUCAGGCUUGUUUCUGUGAUCUGGGAAUUCUCUCAAAACAAGAAAUGUUAUCUCUAGGCACGUUUACUCGCAUUCCACAGGAUUACGGAACUGUCCUUGAAGAUAUUCGCUUAGGUGCUUUGAUGCCUAACAACCUCAACUCCCUAAAUUAGUUUUAACUCCCUAAAGCAGUGUGUAACGAAGUUGUCCUUGAGAGAUAUUCUGGAAUGCUUGGCAAAAUGAGAACAUGUUCAGACAAGUGAAAACUCUAAGUGAAGAUUCUAUUCUAUAGAUGUGAAAACUCUAUAUUAUGAACAAAAAGGCCUUAUUUUCCUAACAUUCAGACAAGUGAAAACUCUAAGUGAAGAUUCUAUUUUAUAGAUGUGAAAACUCUAUAUUAUGAACAAAAAGGCCUUAUUUUCCUAACACUGGGUGAGAAAUGCUGGGGCACAGCGAGAUGGGCGAGUGCAGCCGGCCAGGGCAGAGGAGCAGCGCGCACAGGGGCACAGCCGCAGGACAGAUGGGCAGGGCUGGCAGGGCUGGCAGGGCCAGAGGCACCCAGGCCUUUGUCCCUGGGCUCGGGCAGCGCCUCGGGAGCCCCACAGAAGGAACUUCCCUGUGAGGGGCUGCCCUUUGCUCCUCCCUCGCCCUCCCUGAGGAGGCUGGCAGAGGCUGCAGGUUUAUGGCAUUUGUCCUUGCUGCCCCUCACAUCCCCCUGCCCCACAAACAGCCCCGAGCCACCCAUGAGGGACAGGCCCUGCUGUGCCAGGCUGGGCUUGAAACAAAAGAUUUUCCAGAGAUCACUUAAACUAACAAAAUGAAUGUAUCAGAAAUGAAUGUAUCAAAAAUAGAUGUAUAAAAAGAAUGUAUCAAAAAUGAGUGUAUCAGAAAUGAAUGUAUUAUGUUUGUAGAAUUGUGUGUUGAAUUUUAAGAAACCCCUGCACAGAAGGGUAUAGGAAAGAAAAACAAAGAUCUCUAAAGCUGCUUGCAAAGGACAAAUACCGGAAAGGACAAAGAAUGCUAAGACCCCAGACGAGGAAGCCCUAUGUCGCCAGCAUGUCAAAAAUGAUGAACUUAUCCAGAUAAGAGAGCAAAGGACCAAAAGCACAAGCGCAGAGGAGGAGAGUUCAAAAGUUCAAUGCUGAGGAAGACUAGGAUAUAAAUAAAAAGACCACCAGGGACCCCCAUAAGAAACCCUCACAAGGAACUACGCGUGCCCAGAAGGGUGUGGACCUAUUUAGCAUGAGAAGCGAAGACAGGUGGGGCCAGGGGUUGAAUAUGCAUAGAAAAAUUGUGUAAUGUAUUGCAUAUGUAACAUCUUUGUGAAUAAAGUCGGGGGGCAGACUUCAGCUCGGGGCACAAGAUUUCGGAGAGUUAUCUCACUUGUGCCGAGCGCUCCCAUACAUACCCACUUCAUAACUACCUCGAGUUGUGGAGUCUAUUUAUUUAGUCCGAAUAUCGCUUCAGGCUCAGGGCUUGGCCUUUCUGCUUCCCCCAGCCAGCCCAGGCCUUGCUCAGCACUGCAGAUCCCUGCUCAGAGCUUUGGGCUCCCUGCAAUCCUGGCCUCCAGGAUCUGCUCUCACCAGUCCCUGGGGAGCCUUUGGCAGUCCCUGCCCUCACUGGGGCCCAGGGAUGCUCCGAGGAACUUGGAGUUUUGCUUCUGACUCCUUCAGCAGCUUCUUCAUCCUCCUCUUGGUGCCUGAGGGUCCUGGACCCAGCCCCAAAUCCACAUUAAAAUACAGAAAGCCCUCAGGGGCUCUUUGUCUUCCUUCCAUUGUCUUCAAGUCUCCAGGGAUUGUGUAGUUUCCAGUUCUGUUCAGGAGGGAAACUUCAAAACCCACCUCAUGAUUUUUAUUUUUUAAUCAAAUGAGUAUUUAUUUAUUUUCCUGUUCAGAGAAGAGGUGACAGAAGCAUUUCCCAGAUGAUCUUGAUGCUCAAUGGCACUUUAGGAUGUCUGGACAUGGAGAAGAAUGAGCUCCCUGAGGGCUGACCCUGUUUGGACAAGCUGCUCCUCACCCCCACCUCACCAUGUCUGACAUCGCCUGCUUGGGACUGACAGCCCAAAAUAUUUAAAAAUUGUGCAUUUUUCUUCAUAAAUAAAGGUUAAUUAAGAAAUACAA